CACGAGUCGACAAGAGAACACAACGACGACACCACAGGUUCAUGGUGGGUGUCAUGUAGACAACAUUCAAAACACUGGGGACUGCCACUGGCAGUCACCAUGGCUAACGAGGACAGAGAAGAUCUUAAGAAGAUGGCGCGUGAACUCCAACAACAACUAUUACCGAUCAUAAAGGCCCUACGGAAACAUCACAUCAAUGUCAACAUCUCCAAGAUCACUGGUACAACCACGUCUAUAGUCGGAGGCAUCGUUGCAGUGGCCUGUGGCAUUGCCGCCCCCUUUACCUUGGGUGCUACUGUACCCUUUGCCAUCGCCGGGGCCGUGGUGUCGGGUGUCGGCGGCGGAGUGUCCGCGGGGGCAGCGCUGACAGAGUUCGCCAUCGAGCGCAAGAAGAACGCUUGGCACUUACAGAACAAGUGCCGAGACUUCUUUGAACAGUUCGUGAAGACAUACGCCAUAUCAGCACAGAGGGAAAAGGAAUGGCGCGAUUGGCUGGAAGGCAAGACGUCAGACAUCGUCAUUUCCGCUGCUCACGCCACGGGCAAAACGGCCUUCAAAGGCGCCAAGGCCACGACUGGACUGGUCAACGGGAUACGAAACCUGCUGCGCGUGACUAGAGCCGCUGAACCACUCUUAGAGGGCGGGAAGGUGGCCGUCAGGGGAGCUAAUCUUGUGGGCAAGGUGUUCGUUGUGCUGAACGCUGUGACCUUACCUAUUGACAUCAUUGACCUCGGCAUCGCCAGCUAUCGUCUGCACAAGCGCAAGGGUUCGCCAGCCACCGAGGAGUUCGAGAGAUACAUCGUCCUUUUGAUGCUGGUCAUCAAUGACGAGGACGACACGCUGAUGCAGUCUGAGGUCGACAUCCGUGAACCUAAAUGACAUCUCUCCUAACUACCUGUAAAUAAUGUCAUUCCCAAAAUGGCAUGUCCCUCAUGAUAACACUAAUGGGCUGUGGCUGUAUGUUAAUAACAUUUUGCAUAAUCAGCUGUAUGACUAUAUUCUUUAAUUUUGGUAACGUAGGACGAAUAACAGUGGAAAUAUGUCAACACUUCACUUUAUAAUUAGUAACUUCAAGUCCGACCUGUAAUCCUCACUGUAAUAUUGGGUUACAUUGGGUUGUUGUGUAAUAGUUUUUAUCAAAAGCGUUCGUCUACUCUGACAUUUAAAGUUGAUAGGAACGGGUGUAACCUAACGUGCCAACGAACACUUGAACAAUUUUGGUAAUUAAAGAGAAACACGAUUC